AUUUUUCAUGUGCGUUAGUAAGUGAUAUACUGCUGCAAGGUCACCUCUACAUUACGCAGAAUUAUUUUGCAUUUUACUCUAAUGUUUUUGGUUACGUAACAAAGCUUUUGAUCCCCACUGUAUCAGUGAUUAAGAUAUCCAAGGAGAAGACAGCCAAAAUGUUCCCAAAUGCGGUCGGUGUGACCACGUGCGCGGAUCGUCAUGUGUUUGGUAGCUUCAUGAGUCGCGAGGCUGCCUAUCGACUGAUGUGUAGUGUGUGGCGUCCGGUCGCACCGCCGGAGGUGGAAGAACCUAUCACACAGAAGAUACCCGACGUUGAAGUUUCCGAGUGCUCGGUGGAAGACGACAGCAGCUGCUCAAUUAGUGGUAACGAAAGUUCUUCCCAAGUGAAAGAUAAAAAGUCUGAUGUAGUUGAUUCGGGUGAUUCUACUUACGAUAAAUUUACGGUAAUAGAUGGCACUAAGCGUUCUCUCGAUGCUUCUAAAUGUAGAAAAUCUGUGCAGAAAGAAAUAAUCAUAAAACCAUCGGCAGCAGGAUUGAUAGCAUCUGCCGCAAUACUGAAAACAUCGGGAACCAUCAUUAUUAAAGAAAAAUCCAGCUUUAGUGAUAACUCUUAUCAAAUAUGUAGUGAUAAUAAUGAUGAUACCCAUAGCAUGCUAACAAGACUUAGGCAUAGGCUACAACAAAUAUUUCCCUCCGAUUUUGGUGUUAUACAUGUAGGAAUAAUUUUAGCAAUAAUACUAGCACUGUUUUCUUGUUUCCUUAUGUACAAAAUACACUACCUGCAGUCGCGCAUAUAUAAUUUCAACAAUUUUCGUUGGGGUGAAGAAAACGAUAUCGACGUUUAUGCUGAGGUUUUAAAAUGGCAAAAACAAAUGCAAUCUAAAAGUACGGAGGAGGCUCAAAUAGUUCUUAACUCUAAUUUAGAACAAAUUGCAAAGGGUCAAAGCCACAAAAGGAACCUCUUCAAGAGCAGAAUGUGAUGAGGUAUAUUAGCU